AAAGUUGCAGCAGCUCCUCCAAAAGCAGCCAAACCUGAGAAAACGCUAAUUCUGUCGCUUGAAAGGUAUCCGCAGCUGCUGAGGCGCCUGGAGUUUGAAACGAGGUGAAAACACGUCGGAAAACAAGGUAGGAACCAAGUCUGGGGAGAACCCGAAAGCACAACCCGUGAGGCGAGAUGGCGGCGGAGCCGUGCUUUGGAAAUGUUAACGCACUUUUUGGAAGGUCCUGCAGACCCGCCACGCUCCUCACCCGGAGAAUAUCGCGGGGGCAUAACCACCUGGGGUGGAUCCUGACACACUGAAAAUGUCGAUGGAUGUAACUUUCCUCGGCACAGGCUCAGCCUAUCCCUCUCCAACGAGAGGAGCGUCGGCGUUAGUGCUUCGCAGGGAAGGAGAGUGCUGGCUCUUCGACUGCGGGGAGGGAACUCAAACGCAGUUCAUGAAGAGCCAUCUCAGAGCAGGUAGAAUUACCAAGAUUUUCAUAACUCAUCUUCACGGUGACCACUUUUUUGGACUUCCUGGCCUGCUGUGUACACUUAGUCUCCAAAGUAGCCCUGACCCAAACAAACCACCUGUUGAUAUUUAUGGACCAUUCGGAUUGCGAAACUUCAUAUGGAGGAGUAUGGAGCUCUCCCACUCCCAACUUCUCUUUCCCUACACCGUCCAUGAGCUGGUACCUACGCGGGACCAGUGCCCCGCAGAAGAAUUUAAAGAGUUUUCUGAUUUGGACAGAGAUGAGGUAUCUCCCCAGGGAGUACAAGGGAGAAUACUCCACCUAGAUCCAGUAGAAAACUCUUACUUACUGGUUGAGGAUGAGCAACUGGUUCUGAAAGCAUUUCGCCUGUUUCACCGCAUUCCUUCCUUUGGCUUCGUGAUGGAAGAGAAGCCCCGGACCGGUAAACUCAACGUACAGAAACUAAAGGACCUUGGAGUUCAACCAGGCCCUUUAUACGGAAAACUGAAGAAUGGAACUGCGGUUGUUCUAGAAAAUGGAGUAACAAUUUCUCCUUCUGAUGUCUUAGAAGCUCCAAUUCCUGGAAGAAAAAUUUGCAUUUUGGGGGACUGUUCAGGAGUGGUCGGAGAUGCGGCCGCGAAGCUUUGCUGUGAGGCAGAUGUACUGAUACAUGAAGCCACGCUGGAUGACACCCAAGAAGAAAAAGCCAGAGAACAUGGUCAUAGCACUCCAAAAAUGGCAGCGGAUUUUGCAAAAUUGUGUAAAGUUAAAAAACUGGUUUUGACUCACUUCAGUCAGAGGUAUAAACCAGCUGCUCAGAGAGGUGAGGGAGAGUUGGACAUCACCGAUCUGAAGAGACAGGCAGAGUCGGUGUUAGAUGGUCAAGAAGUAACACUGGCUGAGGAUUUUAUGACAAUAGAAAUUCCAAUGAAAAAGUAAAAAUAACAGCGUUAGCAAACUCUGUAUGAAGACCUAAAUUAGGAUGGUGUUGGAUAGCCUGUAAAAAUAAUGGUAGGGAUUCUGGGAUCCAAAUUAAUUCUCUGUUGCAAACUGGAGAGAGUACCAGGUACAGUUAGUGUUGCUUUUGUAAAACAACAAAAAAAAGGAUACUCAGACAUCUGGAAUUUGGAAUAAAUUCCUAAGUGAUGGUUUCAGACACCUGCCCUCCCCAGAAACCAACCGUGUAGCCUGGCACAAGCCUUCACAGCCCAGGGGUUUGCCUUGGACCUGAGAUUCCUGGAGCAGAGCACCGGAUCGUUUGGCUUCACAGCCCUUGGGAAAGUUUGUGUUCUGCACCAGAAUUGAAGAUAUUUUGCCUGUUACAAGCUUUUGAAUAACAUCAAUUUCAAACCUGCGUACAGCAUUUUGUAACUGUUACCCGAUUUCUGUGCAAGGGGGCUAUUAAAGUAUUUAUAACUCUGCUACGCUCAAGUUGAGGGGCUCUUAUAAUUCUCCCUUCGCUUGUGAAGUUUUCUCA